AAAACCAGACAUCUGUUCUGAACUGAGAGAAGCGAUUCCGCUGCGUUUAGCGGCAUUUCAAGCUUCUCAGUUUAUAUUUUUAACAAUAUAACGUGAACUAGCUAUUUGUACUGCUACAUGCAGUGUAUAUGUAACUAAUUGUAUUUAUAUAUAGCUAAUUGUAUUUACAAUUUUAGAGUCUAUUUAGCAAGCUGAAAUGACAACCAUGUUGAUGCUUUUGAUGCCCAUAUUGGUCGCAUCAAUUUUUGGCGAGUCCUCCGUUUAUUUCCGAGAAGAAUUUGAGGAUGGAGAUGCAUGGAAAAGCCGAUGGGUGGAAUCCAAACACAAGUCAGAUUAUGGGAAGUUUGUUCAUACUGCUGGGAAAUUCUAUGGUGACGUAGAGCGAAACAAAGGUCUUCAAACCAGCCAGGAUGCUCGCUUUUACUCUGCAUCCUCCCGCUUUGAGUCCGUCAGCAACAAAGACCAGGUACUGGUAAUCCAGUUCACUGUGAAACAUGAGCAGAACAUUGACUGUGGUGGAGGAUACAUCAAGCUGUUCCCAGCUGAUCUCAACCAGGAGGAAAUGCAUGGAGAUUCCACAUACAACAUCAUGUUUGGUCCUGACAUCUGUGGUCCAGGUACUAAGAAAGUUCAUGUGAUCUUCAACUACAAAGGCAAGAAUCACUUAAUCAACAAAGACAUAAGAUGCAAGGAUGAUGAAUAUACCCACCUGUACACACUGAUAGUCAAUCCGGGUAACACCUACGAGGUGAAAAUCGACAACAAGAAAGUUGAGUCUGGAAGCCUAGAGGAGGACUGGGACUUCCUUCCCCCCAAGAAGAUAAAGGACCCUGAUGCUGAGAAGCCAGAUAACUGGGAUGAGAAGGAGAACAUUGAUGAUCCUGAAGACAAGAAACCGGAUGAUUGGGAUGUUGCUGAGAACAUCCCUGACCCUGAUGCCAAGAAGCCUGAUGACUGGGAUGAUGAGAUGGAUGGUGAGUGGGAGCCUCCCAUGGUCACGAACCCGGACUAUAAGGGGGAGUGGAAACCCAAACAGAUUGACAAUCCUGCCUACAAGGGGAAAUGGGUGCACCCUGAAAUUGACAACCCAGACUACACUGCUGACCCUGAAAUCUACCAAUAUGCCAGCAUGGGGGUGAUUGGAUUGGAUUUGUGGCAGGUUAAGUCAGGCACUAUUUUUGACAAUUUCCUCAUCACCAAUGACCCAAAACUUGCAGAAGAAGUGGGGAACGAGACAUGGGGUGCAACAAAGGACCCUGAAAAGAAGAUGAAGGACAGUCUGGAAGAGGAGGAGAGAAAGAAACGUGAUGCAGAAGAGGUGAAUAUAAAGGAGGAAGAUGAAGAUAAAGAGGAGAGGGAUGAGGAAGAAGAUUACGAUGAAGAGGAAGAAGAGGAGGGAGAAACAGACUCUAAACUCAAGGAUGAGUUAUAAACUCAAACAGGAACUUCUGAAAAGGAACCCUGUCUACUAUGAGCCAUUGGUGCAAGGCUGGAGAUUGGGCUUUAUUGGACAUUCUGUUCGUCAUUGACGCUGCACAUUUAUGUUUUGGUGUGAAGCUAUUGUUUUAAUUACAUGACAAGGGAAUGGGUACAAACUGACUAAGGACAGCAUUUAUAUUGUCUGUUGCUAUGGGAGUUCAGAUUUGUCAAGGUUGGAGAUGUUAAAGACUUAUCUUUAGAUUUGAGACAAGUGUUGUCUGGCAGUGAUGUUAUGCCAGCAAUUGUUUUUGAGAAGUGAACUUUCUCCUCUGUAAACAAAGCUCUACUGUUAACCUUAAAUAGAUGAUCAUUAUCCUUAAGUAAGAACUACAAUUUCCUGACUAAUCUUUACAGCAAAUCGUGUAUUGUUGGUCUUAAUCGGACACAUUUUUGUUCCUGUGCCCCAAAGGGGGGGUAUGUGGCAGUAAGAUGGCAUCUCUUGUGUAUUGGAUAUGGCUGAAAGUCUAAUGCUUAUCCUCUUCUGCAUAUAUUUUUCAACAGUGCUGAGCGAUUACCAGAAAUGUUGACUUAUUCGGUUUUCAAACAACUAAGGGACAGACGAAUUAAAUUUGUUUAUUUUACUCAAUAGGCACAUUGGAGAAACUUCAAAGAUAAAUCUGAUUCUGCCUGCACUGUGCGAUGUUGUCGUUCCCAACAUUCUACUACUUAGUUUUAAAAUAAAAAUAUAUAAACUACAA